CGCGCCACCAAAAAAGUAUAAGACCGACCGUCGGCACACAUUUUCCACACGAUUUCGGUUCGAUUUCGAUUCUGUGCCUUCCUUGUGUAACAAGCGGUGUCAGCGCGUGAAAAUGCAACAGCCCCACGAGACGCACAAGCUUUGAUAUCGCCCCAAUACGCAGAUGUGGUACGGAUUCGGACAGUAGCGUCCAACGCGGCCGACUCGCUGGUUGGUCAGAUUCCUAGGGUUCCCCGUCGGCCUCUCGAGAGUAUCCCGCGCAAUCCCACUUCUGGGCAUGAUUACCACGCGCCAGUGCGACAUUUGAAUUGCAGAGCGCCAGGUGCGGAGCACGAGGACUCCCCGCUACCAGGACCGGGAGACCAGGACACCAGAAAUCCCCCAGGAACUGCGCCAUCGCAGGCCUAACCUAAAAAGGCACGUGCAGCGCGCGUAGAAGAGUUUUCUGCGUGCCACCACAGCCACUCGGCUCCUCUCCAAAAAGAACAGAGUGCCAAUUCCCGAAGACGACGACGACGACAUGGCCACCCUCCUCAGCAACGGCCAGCAGUCGGUGAUGGCCACCAGUAAUGGUCAGGAGCAGCAGCAGGACGAACCGGAGCAACAGCAGCAGGUCGAGAUCAGGAAGUCCAGCUCACCGAAACCAGGCGCCAUGCCCAACUUGAAGCUCAACAGGAUGGGCUCGGUGUCCCCGAAGGACAAGCGCGUCUACAAAAUAGUCCUGACUGGCGGGCCCUGCGGCGGCAAGACGACGGGACAGUCCCGGUUGUGCACCUUCUUCGAGAACCUUGGAUGGAAGGUAUUCCGCGUGCCUGAAACGGCCACUGUUUUACUCAGUGGCGGCGUGAAGUUCUCCGAUCUGACCGAGAAAGAGGCCUACAAGUUCCAGGAGAAUCUGAUCCGCACCAUGGUGCAAAUCGAGAACACCUACUUUGAGCUCGGCAACUCGAGCACCCGCAACUGUCUGAUAAUUUGCGAUCGCGGCGUUAUGGAUGCCAGCGCAUACAUAUCCAAGGACAAGUGGGAGAAGAUGAUGGCGGGCAACAAGUGGAAUCCCGUGGAGAUGCGCGACAAUCGCUACAACCAGAUCCUCCACCUGGUCUCCGCGGCCAACGGCGCCGAGGACUUCUACUCCACAGAGGACCAUGCCUGCCGCUCGGAAGGCGUUGAUUUGGCCAGGGAGCUGGACUACAAGUCGGCGGCCGCCUGGGUCGGCCAUCCCUACUUCGAUGUGAUCGACAACUCCACCAACUUCGAGACCAAAAUGAACCGCAUGAUUGAGUCAGUGUGCCAGAAAGUGGGCAUCGACAUUGGCGACCGUUUGCAGGCCACCUCGCGCAAGCUGAAAUAUUUGGUUGCCCUCCUGCCGCCAGACAGCGAGUUUCCGCCCUUCCAGGACUUUGAUGUGGUGCAUCACUAUCUGCAAUCCGCCGGACCCAAGGUGCAGGCUCGCCUUCGCAAGCGCGGUCAGAAGAACCACUGGAGCUACAUCCACACGCAGCGGCGUCCCAACGUCCACGGGCAGGCCCGCAUCGAGGUGAAGACCCAGCUGACGCAUCGCGACUACAUGAACCUGCUGGCCCAGCGCGACGAUGCCCACUUCACCAUCUACAAGAAGCGCCGCUGCUUCCUGAUCAACAACCAAUAUUUCCAGCUGGACAUAUACAAGGAGCCAGGCCAUCCACGCUGCAAGGGAUUGGUGCUGUUGGAGACGUAUUCAUCGCUUACUGGAGAUGCCCUGAAGAACUGCAUGCCCAAGUUCCUGAAUAUUGUUAAGGAGGUGACCGGUGAUCCGGAUUACUCCAUGUUUAACCUGUCCCUCAAGGAGGACUGGAGCACCACCAAGAAGUUCUGCCGUUCGGCGACGCACGGUAAGCAGGAUAAGCAGCUGCCAGAGCCGCCGAAGCAGUACCAUCCCUACGACGAGAACAGCGACUAGGUCAUCCGGCCGGGAGUCAACAUUAUGCAUAGCCAAAGAAUAUAGAACCAAAAGCUUGAACCCCCACUGCUGUACAUACCACAAGCCUCUAUCUUUGCAUGCCACUCCGCUCCAUUUCACUUUCCUUUCCCCUUUCUAAAUUUCCAAAUUUAUGGCACUCGUUUUGGACCCUCGAAUUUUGAUUUCCGCCUGACUGUGUGUAUUUCUCUUUUGAUUUUGUAGUUAAGGGCGCCGCUAACGGAGUCUCGAGCACGCCGUUGCUCCUCAAUGGUCAGUAGGCUUCUGAACUGUCCCUGAAUCUCUUUUGCACACGCAAACACACGGCAGAAGCAAGCUAUAAGACAAAAACCAAUGACCUGGCAACAAAAUGUACAAAAAAAAGCUUAAAAACUGAACGGAGGUCCUUCCAAGCUGCCUUGGGAGCUCCACUUAGUGCUCUGAUUUAUAACCACACACCCUAUACACCCAACACACACUCCCUGUUAUUUAUUUGCGUACUUAGCCCCCGGAGGAUGAAGGAACCGUGAACGAGAAGCGUAUGUGUCGAGUCUAUAGUUUGUAGUGCAACCGCAACCGAAACCGAAACCGGAGGUCGAGAGCCCCACCCGUACUUAAUUUUCUUGUCAUGUUUGCUCGUGUUAAUUUUGUAAGCCAUAACAACACUAGAAACUAUGUAAAUCCAUGGAUCCGCGAUAACAUGUGACGUUUUUGUGUCUUUUGGAAAAUUUGUGAACCCGUAAUUUUAACUCUAACUCUAAGCUAAAUGAAAAUAAGAUUACGACUACAAGACCACCAAAAA